AUGAAUAAGGAGAGUUUUAUAAAUGUGUUUCCACUGCAGCUCAAGAAUUUGAUUACGAAUUCAAAUGGUUCUUCUUCAAUGGAAGGUUUGUCAUCCGAUCAAACAUCUUGUUCUUGUGCCGCACAGAGUAAGCCAUUUGAGCAGAAGGUGGAGCAACUUGUGGUUUCAAAGCUUCUUGAGCAAAAAGGGAUUAUAUUCACCGAUGUUGAUGAUAUCCAGCUCAAACUUUUUGACGUUGACUCAACAUUAUCGCCACCUGAAUUUGAUAAAUUGGCAGGAAGGUUAAAUCCUCAUAACAGGAUAGUGUUGUGUGAGAAGGUGAAACUUAUUUAUGGAUUUAAUUCAUUGACUCCGUUUAUUAUCCGCCUAAUUGAUAUUCUAGGCUUUUCUACCUUUUUUUCAAUCUUUGACAUUACAUCUAAUAUCAAGUUAUAUGGCUUUUACAGCCUAAAUUACACAAAUCCGGUUGAAAUUCUUGUCAAGCAAAUUCGCCAUGACCUUUUUAUUGUCAAGUCUUUUAAGGAGUUUACUAUUCAAGAGAUGAAAAAAGAGCAUGAUUUUCAUCUACCGUACAAGGAGUUUAAACGUUUGAAUUUAAACGAUGGAAACUUGGUCGUUGUCAAAAUUUUAUUUAAGAAUGAGCAGAAGCCCAUUGACCUGUCUUUGAUAAAAACUUUACUUCCUCGUAUUGAGUUGCUUCAUUUGUCGUUAGAAAGUGAAUCAAAGUUGAAGCCGUUUAACGAUUUAAUUGACCAAUACGGGAAGCAAUUAAAUUACCUGAAGUUUGGUGUUAACCGUGGAACAUUCAAAAAAAUUCCAGUCAAAAAUUCCAUCAAAACAGUAAAGUUAGUGAAUAUUGAUAACUUGAGUUUUAUUAAUGAUUUAAAAGACUGUCAAUCAUUGGAUGUUUUCUUUGACAACUGGGAGUUACGGAAAAAUUGUGAUAUCAAAUUCCAGCAAAAUUUUAUAAUUGAUUUUGACGUGAGUCAGAGAAUUGAGAGCUUAAGAACAUUGAAUAUAUUCCAUACAUAUCUGGAUUCCAAAGAUUUGAACAAAUUAAAAUUUUUUCCCAAUCUCACCUAUUCAAAAAUAAGUUAUGUUAUUUUGGACAAGAAUGGAUUUGACAUGAGUGAAUGCAAAAAGCUGCAAGAACUCAAAAUUCAUUUCACCUAUCAUAAAACUUCUGGGGAUUUGGAAGAGAGCAAUACAUCCGGAACUAACACGGGAGAAGACAUAAACUCUGAAAUUCAAUGGCCACCAAAUGCUAAAAAGCUUUCGAUUACCAUACACAAUAUUAAAAAUUUGGUUCAGAACUUUAGUAUCCGGCUAAACAUUUUAAAAAAGAUAGCUAAGCCUUUACCUCCAUCAAUUGUCGAUUUGUGUAUCGAUAUUUCAUACGAUACUGGAGGGUCAGGACCAGAACUAUAUUCGAUUUCCAGGGACGAUAUUUUAAAGAUUUCGACAUUAAUCAACAAAAUAUUAACGAAUAAAUUGGAGAAUCUUAAAUUGAAAGGAAUAUCAAGAUAUAACUACAAAAUUGGUAAGCCAUUGAUUUUUUCCGCCAUCAAUUUUCCUCAAAGUUUGAAGUUGCUUUCUCUUAAUGAUUUCAUUCUAGAUUACAAUUUUAUCAAUUUGCCCAACUUAAAGAAACUAUAUUUUGAGCAUUCGCUGUUUGACUCAGACUUCAGGCUUCCGGAUUCGGAUGAAAUUCUGAUUGAAAAAUGUACCUUCAAGGAUUUAGGGCAUAUUCCUUCGGAUUCAAGCAGAAUCGAGUUUAAGAUGUGCACAUUCCGAAAGGUCCCAACGUAUAGUGGUGAUGUUUCUAAUGUGGUUAUUAACAAUUGCAGAGUGAUGGAGCAGCCGACAAAUAAUGUGUUUCAAUUUCAACAGCAGUUGCAUAUGCGCAAUGAUGGACGUUCUAUGUCUUCUCAGGGUCAAAAUCGUAAUCAACAAAGGAUAUUACAAUCAAAGGGAAACGGCGAGCAACAUAUUAUUGGUGGUACUCAUCGUGGAGGUUCUUCUUUUGGAAUGAAACCUUUUACAUCCAACUCAACAUUUUCGCCAAAUUCUUCGUCAAUUCCAGCAGGUGGUAUGCCAAAUAGCUUUGGUAAACAGCAGCGUUUUGGAGAUGCCCAGACAAAUCUCUAUCAAGAUAAUAAUAUGGAGAUACAACAUGGAAGCCGUCAACCUUUGCCGGCUAUUUUUACCCCUGACUUUGGUUCACAGAAUUUGCAACUAGAACCGCAAACAAUACAACCUGGCACAAUUCCUCAACAUCCGAUGCUUACUUCUACUUCCCUUGGAGGAUUGCGUAAUUCAGAUCCGGCUCGUGUUUCUCAGAUGAAGCCAUCUUCAUCUGUCAAUCAGUUACUGACAGCGCAACCGCAGGAUUACGGUAUGGUUAACUAUAAUUAUAUGGGAAAUACUUCUCAACUCACUAAUUUUGUUGAAAGUAAUUUAGAUGCACGGUUUAAUAAUUUAUCACUCUCCAAUUCUUACCAAUACGCAGGAAAUAAUUCGCCAACAGGCAAUGGAAAUAUUGGUAGAAACACCCAGGAGCGACGGAUAAGCAGCCCACCUUUGGGAUCUUAUUCUAUGACUCCUUCUAAUUCUUCUACACAACAAUCUCAGAAUGGAAUGGUUUCUAAUUCUCGUCAGAAUUCGUGUAUGUCUUAUUCAAGACUCAUAAAUCAAUUUGAUCAUAACGCGACUGUCCCUACCAAUGGAGGUUCGAGUUCUAAUACAGGCUACGGCUUGCUGACGCCUUCGUUUGGCAGUACUUAUAAAUCUCAAGGUGAGAAUGUGUUCGGAUACUUUAAAAAAGAAUAUAACGAUUACUCUCCUUCAUGUUCACCUGCCGUCAUGCCAUUAAUGCAGACAACUCAGGAUGUUUUUGAUGGUGAACAGCCUUUUAUAGGGGUUAACGAUCGGAAUUCUUCUUCAAAGAUGCACCAAGAAACUGGACACUCCGAUUCCAGCAGAAUAUCAAAUGACUUUUAA